AAUAUAUUCCGGACGUCAUCAGCGUGCGACCAGAUUGUGGUGACAGGAAAGAAGGAGAAAUGGCUGCAAGGUUACUGCUCCGCUCAGCUUUCAGAGCCGCGAAAACCUGCCGGGCUGCCCCGGUCCCGGCUCUGACCCGCGGCAUGGCGGCUGGAGGGAUUCCCACUGAUGAGGAGCAAGCCACAGGUCUGGAGAAGAUCAUCAUGAAGGCCAUGAAGGACGGAGCGGAUCCCUACAGCAUGAUGAAGCCAAAAGAGUACGCUGGCUCCAAGGCCGAUCCCCACCUUGUUCCCUCCAUCACAAACAAGAGGAUUGUGGGAUGUGUCUGUGAAGAAGACAACACCGCCGUGGUUUGGUUCUGGCUUCAUGAUGGCGAGGCCCAGCGCUGCCCGUCCUGUGGUUCCCACUACAAGCUGGUGGCCCAUGAGCUCCCCCACUAACUUAAACAUACCUCUGUUAUUAUAGACAUCUAUUACGCAGCUGUGUGUCUGCACAGUGUUAGCUUCUCUCUGAAAUAUUCCUCUCACCUUCAGAACGAGGCGAAGAACGAUCAGACGGCGACGUUUUCAAUCUUCAGUCUCCAGGAAGUGUAUUUAUCUUGGAACUUUUUGGUUCUGUCUACUUCCUGGUCUUAAGUUGUGAGUCCUUGUCUGAUUGGUCUUUCACUUGUUCUGUCACAGUACUUGAUCUACCUGCUAACCUCAUCAGUCUUUGCUUUACAUGUUACCAUUUACAGAGGGAUCAGAUGUGGUUUGGGACACAACUGUUUUAAACAUUUCCAUGAAGCUGCAGUUUACAUUGACACAUGUACUGUACAACAUUACACUUGGUCCACUUACUCCUUUUAUUGAACCAAUAAAGUUUCUGAACUCAUA